GAAAGGAAAGAGCGAUCAAAAUGGUAUCAUUUUAUUACAUCGUCUCAUGAACAAGCUUCCUCCUUGAAUCUAAUAUCUUCUUGUUGUUGUUGACUUGACCUUAUCAUUAUACUAACUUGCUCAACAAAUCCUGUCUUGCUCAUAUUCUUUUUGGGAAGAUUCACUGCUUUUUAAAUAUCCCUUUCUCUACUUAAUAUAUAUCACCUAUCACAUCACACCUCAUCCACCUCAUCCACCUCACCCACUUCAUCCACUUCAUCCAAACAUACUCGCAUCCCCCGCAAUUUGAAGUGACUGAGUUGGACCCGAUCUGAUAUUAACCCCGCAUCAAUAAAUAACGAACGAGCACUUAACACAUACUCUCGAGUACAUUACCUAUAAACCUACCCACCUUGACAGAUACUUUACUUCUUCUUCUUCUUCUUCCUUCUCAUUAUUUCUUUCUUCAAUUCUCUUUUGAGUGCGGAGGUUUGAUACUUCAGUGAAAGAGAAGUUUAAACAUUAUCAUACCAAAAAAACAACAACAUGGCAUCACCAAAAAGAGAAAGACGUCCUUCAACUGGAGCUCCUAUUAGUGAGCUACAAGGUCCUGUUGGUCCUGCUGGCGUUACAAGACCUAAACAUAAGCGUACUUUUACCGGUUUCGGUGCUGGGGAGAUUAAACAUGUGGAAGGUAUGAUUUAUUUCUUCGAUUCUAUAAAUUUGCCUUCCAUCACGUAUAUCGAUGUCAUCUUGGGAUACAUGCUAACCAUUUACUUCACACAGCAUCGAUCCCCGAACCUCAACGUGAAGCAUGGAAGAAAUAUGCCCCCCAUGGAUUUGAUAACAAGGAGGAUUUUGAGAAAGAAGUGGUUCGUCAUGUUGAAACUACAUUGGCUCGUAGUAUGUUCAACUGCGAUGAGACGGCUGCAUAUGCAGCUGCCAGUUUGGCUUUCAGAGAUAAAUUGAUUACGUCAUGGAACCGCACUCAACAAAGACAGACUUUUGCGGAUAGCAAACGUGUGUACUAUUUAAGUUUGGAGUUUUUGAUGGGGAGAGCACUGGACAACGCUAUGUUGAAUGUUGGGUUGAAGAAUGUUGCUAAAGGUAUGUUUGAUGUCAUGGUACUCAUAUUGAGUGUGAUUCCUAACUGUUUUUAGACGGUCUUUCUGACCUUGGUUUCCGAAUUGAGGAUAUCAUUAACCAAGAACAUGAUGCUGCACUUGGUAAUGGUGGUCUGGGUCGAUUGGCAGCUUGUUUCCUAGACUCACUUGCAUCCUUGAACUUUCCAGCAUGGGGUUAUGGUUUGAGAUAUAGAUAUGGUAUCUUCAAGCAAGAGAUUGUAGAUGGAUAUCAAGUCGAAGUUCCAGAUUACUGGCUUGACUUUAAUCCUUGGGAGUUCCCAAGACAUGAUAUUGUUGUUGAUGUAGGUUCCCCUCGAUACAAACAUCAAUCCAUAAGCUAACAUUGAUCAGAUCCAAUUUUACGGUCACGUUAGAAAAUACCAGGAUGAGCAAGGAAAAUCCAACACCGUCUGGGAAGGUGGAGAAAUCGUCAAGGCCGUAGCUUUUGAUGUUCCAAUCCCUGGUUAUGCUACUCCAGCUACCAACAACUUGCGUCUCUGGUCUAGCAAAGCUGCUAGCGGUGAAUUCGAUUUCCAAAAGUUUAACAGUGGUGAUUAUGAGAGUUCGGUAGCCGAUCAACAACGUGCCGAGACUAUCAGUGCCGUGUUAUACCCCAACGAUAACCUCGAACGUGGAAAAGAGCUUCGUCUAAAGCAACAGUAUUUCUGGGUAGCCGCCUCUUUAUACGAUAUUGUUCGCCGAUUUAAGAAGUCCAAGCGUGCCUGGAAGGAAUUCCCAGAUCAAGUUGCCAUUCAAUUGAACGAUACUCAUCCAACUCUUGCAGUUGUGGAACUUCAACGUAUCCUUAUUGAUCUCGAAGGUCUUGAAUGGGAUGAGGCAUGGGGAAUCGUCACUAAGACCUUUGGUUACACGAAUCACACUGUUCUUCCAGAAGCUCUUGAGAAGUGGUCUGUUCCUCUCUUCCAGAACCUGCUCCCCAGACAUCUUCAAAUUAUUUAUGAAAUCAACUUGUUCUUCUUACAAAGUGUGGAACGUAAGUUUCCUGGAGAGAGAGAUUUACUUAACCGCGUCUCGAUCAUUGAAGAAUCUCAACCAAAGAUGGUUCGCAUGGCUUUCUUGGCUAUCGUUGGUUCUCACAAGGUUAAUGGUGUCGCUGAACUUCACUCUGAUUUGAUCAAGACCACUAUCUUCAAAGACUUUGUGAAGAUCUUUGGCCCUGACAAGUUCACUAAUGUCACCAAUGGUAUCACACCUAGAAGAUGGCUUCACCAAGCUAACCCUAGAUUGUCUGAGUUAAUUGCCAGUAAGCUUGGUGGUUACGAAUUUCUCAAAGAUCUUACUCUUCUGAACAAGAUCGAGGCAUUCGCUGAUGAUAAAGCGUUUAAGAAAGAGUGGCAGGAGAUUAAGUACGCCAACAAAGUUCGCUUGGCUCAACACAUCAAGACAACUACUGGUGUCACUGUUAAUCCAGCUGCGUUGUUUGAUAUUCAAGUCAAGCGUAUACAUGAGUAUAAGCGUCAACAAAUGAAUAUUUUUGGUGUCAUUCAUAGAUACUUGACUAUCAAAGCCAUGACUCCACAGGAGCGUAAGAAGUUGGCACCACGUGUUUCAAUCUUCGGUGGAAAAGCAGCUCCAGGUUACUGGAUGGCGAAGACGAUCAUUCAUCUUAUCAACAAAGUUGGCUCCGUUGUUAACAAUGACAAGGAUGUUGGAGAUCUCCUGAAGGUCAUUUUCUUGGAAGACUAUAAUGUAUCCAAGGCUGAGAUGAUCUGCCCGGCAAGUGACAUUAGUGAGCAUAUCUCGACAGCAGGUACAGAAGCUAGUGGAACUUCAAACAUGAAGUUUGUGUUGAACGGUGGUUUGAUUAUUGGUACCUGCGAUGGUGCUAAUGUAAGUUUGUUCCUUGUUGUUUUUGUCUUACAAUACUAACAAUGUCUAGAUCGAAAUUACCCGUGAGAUCGGAGAGAACAAUAUCUUCCUCUUCGGUAACUUAGCCGAGGAUGUUGAUGAUCUUCGUCAUGCACAUACUUAUGGUUCUACCCAACUUGACCCUGAUCUCCAGAAAGUCUUUGAGGCCAUCCAAAGUGAUACCUUUGGUGAUUCUGGUGCAUUUGGUGCUCUCAUUGCUGCUAUUAAAGAUCAUGGUGAUUAUUAUCUCGUAUCCGAUGACUUUAAUAGUUACAACCAAACUCAAGCAUUGGUGGAUGAAGCUUAUAAGAAUCAAGAUGAGUGGACAACAAAGACUAUUACUAGUGUGGCUAGAAUGGGUUUCUUUAGCAGUGAUAGAUGUAUUAAUGAGUAUGCGGAAUCGAUUUGGAAUAUUGAACCAUUGAACGCGGAGAAGGAUGGGGCUGGGUCGAAGAAUUAAGAGAUGUGAGGGGUGUCAUGACAAGAUUGGAGUAUGGUGGAAUUGAUUUGCCAGGAUGGAAGAUCAUUAUGAUGAUAAUGAUAAUGAUGACGAGGGUAAGGGUGAGAAAAUGGGCAUACUAAGUAUUGCGAAACGAUACGAUACAUCAAAUCAUGAUUAGUUUAGAUUGAUGAAUGAACCUUUUAACCUAUCCAU